UUCAUUGUUGCAUGACAUGUUGGCAGUUACAAAAAUAAUAAUUAGUUGCAGCUCAUGUGCAAUGAAGCUUUCACAGCUGGCCGAUACUGGAAAAUGUUCCUUUUCCUUCACUGGAAAACGCACUGCUAGACGCAGAUAAUGACUUAUCCGCGAGCCGGCCGGCUGUAGUUCAGUCAAGCAGACAGACGUCCUUCAUUUCCUCAUUGUCUGACUGGAACUAGGUGUACCGCAGCUGCCCCAGCUGCUCCAGCUGCAGUAACUGCAAUGGAGGAGAGUACAGAUACAUGUACUGAGGUACCAGUGUCUCUGCGCCGAGCGGAACAGCGCAGACGUCGCCAGUGGAGACAAAUGUGCUGCGAUGCGUUUACCGAGAAAGGAAAUUUCGCGCUCAUUGUCGUGGUGCUGGUGUGUGUGACAGCAGUGAUUCUAAGACUAGCGUUGCCUGAACACCCCAAUGAGAAGUGGUGUCGAGUAGGCACCGUGGAGACUAUAGUCUGCUACGUGCUGUCGUUUGGACUGUUUGGUUUUGCUGGUGGAUUUACCAAUUGGCUGGCCAUCAUCAUGCUCUUCUAUCGUAUACCUCUCUUGUAUGGCAGUGGGGUGAUACCGAAUCAUCACCGAGAGAUUGGCCAGUCUGUCAAGCAGAUCAUCCUCGACUAUAUCUUUGACAGCGACUUCAUCAACAAGUACAUAAUGGAUAAGCUGUCCGAGGUGGCUACGACGUCAGACGUACCCGAGAAGAUCAACACUCUUUUAGCUAGUGAAGAAGUCGAUAUAGUUGUUGAUGAGCAACUGGCCAAACUCUCCAAUCUACCAGAGGGGCAGCUACUGGGAGCGGUGGGAAUUAAACCAAGUGCACUGAAGCCGAUGGUGAAGCCGUUUGUCCUGGGCAUGGGUGCCGAAGUGGCACCACUGCUACUGGAGCAUGCUUCGAGACCUGGCAAGGUGAUAAAGAUUGAUCGAUUUAGAGAUGAGCUGGAUACGUACAUGAGUCAUCGGGUUGCCAUGAUGGACGAGAGGCACACAACGGAGCUGCUUGAGAGGAUCAUCCGGCCUCACCUUGGCUGGCUCAUCGUGUGGGGAACAGUGUUUGGCUCGAUUGUUGGCGUUAUUUCGCAAGCCGCUAACGUUGCUCCUGAGUACUAGCCAACCUGCUGGCUGGCGUUACAAACGUCUCCUCUUGUCAGUGCAGUGUUUGUGUGUCCUUCUGCGCUUGAGAACCGCUCUGUGCCUGGCGACACCGAUUGUCAACUAGCUCCGUGCGAUGAUGAUUCCAGACCAGCGUGCAGCAUGGGAUACUCUAAGUCUGUAUGCCCGGAUAUAUGUGUGUGUGUGUGUGUGUGUGUGUGUGUGUGUGUGUGUGUGUGUAUGUGUGUGUGUGUGUGUGUGUGUGUCUGUGUCUGUGUGUGUGUGUGUGUGUGUGUGUGUGUGUGUGUGUGUAUGUGUGUGUGUGUGUGUGUGUGUGUGUGUAUGUGUGUGUGUGUGUGUGUGUGUGUGUGUGUGUGUGUGUGUGUGUGUGUGUGUGUGUGUGUGUGUGUGUCCCAUAUGGUGCAGUGGUAUGUGCAGCGAUUUCCAAUCGAUAGGUUGCGGGUUCGGUUCCCGACGAUUAUGGUCACACACGUCUUUCUUCUCUUUCUCAGACUCUUCCUGACUUUUCUUUCAUUCUCCUGGGUGGUUACCAACAGCCAGUGCAUGCCGGAGUAUGUGGUAUGAUGUGUGUGCAGGAAAAAAAAUGAAAAGACCAAAAAUAGGGAUUCACUGGCCGGAAAAAGUCACUUCAAAUAGCUGUAUGGUGUAGACCAGGCUGAAUAGUGACGGUCAAUUCUUCAGCCUUGCAAGCUGUUGAAUGGUGCAAUCCCAGCACAAGUUGCUAUGGCUUCUGCCGUAGCAUUGCUAUCAUCGCCUCCGGCGAUGGGCGUCAAAGGUCAAAGGUGUGUGUGUGUGUAUGUGUGUGUGUGUGUGUGUUCGGCUCUUGCUCUAGAACAGAACAGCUACUCGGUUGACCCCAGCUGUACUCGUAUACACCGUAUGGCACGUUCCAGUAUACUUUUGAGCGAAGAUUGUUUUUAAAGAUAUCUGCUAUUGUCACUGUCGCUGCCCAACAGGGGUCUUUAUUUAUUUAUUUGCAGUAUUUAGUACAGCUUUCUACUGGCUUGAUGGCGAAUUGCCAAAUUUUAUUUGAGGACAGAAAAGAAGGAAGGUUGGUUCCAGUA